CUUUCAACUAGCAUCGCUGAAUCCCGUCGACACCCUCCGGUCCAUAUCUAAUAUCUUCCCACGACCAACACACUGGGUAACUCACGAGGCAAGAUGGCCACCAUGACGGAUGACUAUCGCAAAAAGUACAUCGAAGAGCCCGAACUCAAGCAUCUCUCCGAAGAAACACUCGCCAACCCACCCAAACAACGAACCGUCCAACAACAAGAAAAGCAAGACAAGCUGCUCGCCAAAGAACGCCGCGACGCCGGGAUAGACACCGCAAGAUCCCGCUCGACCUCUCGCCGCGACCGCAGGAAACGCAUCAAGUCCGCCAUGCAGGAUGGGAAGUACAUGCACACGACCUCGCUGGAGGCGCUGGAGGAAGCCGAUGCCAAUGGCGAUCUCAGCCAGAUGGGUCCCUUUGAGCGAAUAGGACCGGACAGCACGUCGAUGGAUGGACCCGUCACACAUGCCCGUGCCAUGCGAGGGGAGAUUCCCGUGCGAGGGUCGAAUCCGGAUCAGCCGUAUUACCUCAAACCGGAGGAGCAGCCGUCCGGUCAGGGUGGUUUGAAGGAUCAAGAAGGUCUGAAGUUGACGCUGGAGGCCAAUCUGGAGAUUGAGAUCGAGUUGAAGGCCAGCAUUCGUGGCGAUCUCACACUCUCGCUGUUGUAA